UCGAAUUUGGCGGCAUAAAACUCGUCGAUUCCACAAUCAGGAGCAAAGACGGUUUAGGAACCGGAAAUUCUCGCGUUCGCCAGGCGGGGCGGAAAUGCGGUGACCACGUCUCAAGGCUCUCAGUUUUCCGAAACGCGAAAUAGGAAGAAUAGAAUCCAGCAAGAUGAAGAGGAUCGCAGUCUUCCGUCUUCUCGUCGUCGUCAUCGGGGCCUCAUUCGUGGCUGCCGACUAUCAGGAGUCCCGGGGGCCCGAUUCCAAUCGGUUUCCGGAAGUAGGCGAACCUCGCUGGCCGCCCUUGACCUUCCGGCACGCUUCGCGGGCCCAGCAUCACCCCCAUGAGUCCCAAACCGUGAGGAAGUGGCGCGGUGGAAUUAGCAACGCCGACCAGACGGGGCCUCAGCGACUUGUGGCCCUCGCUUCUGCGGAGUUCGCCGGAACUCGGGCCGUCGCUUAUGGGGACUUGGACCAUCAUCGUCCGGCCCAUCAGCAGAGGAACGUUUUUUCCCAGGGGAACCAGCAGCCCGGAUACACCAGGCACCAUUCUGGGCGGAGAGUUUGCUCUAAACAAGCACCAACAUCGGUCACUCAUCAUCUGCACCGAGGACGUCAAGUAAGACUGCUCUUCGUGGAACCCCAGAGCAAGUUCUCGUGCUGCCCAGGAUGGACUCAAGUGACUCGUCUCAGUUUCGGCUGCAACAAGCUUGCUUGCCCCGCGUGUAUGAAUGGCGGAACCUGCGUUGCCUCAGGAAUAUGCAGCUGCCCGAAACAAUUCACAGGAAAACAAUGCCAAAUUGACGUCGACGAAUGCGUAACCGAAAAACCAUGCGCCCAACUCUGCCAAAACACUUUCGGAGGCUACCAGUGCUUCUGCCGAGCCGGUUAUCAGCUCCGAUCGGAUGGGCAGUCCUGUCAUAAAAAUGGUAGCGACGACACAGCUUUCGAAGCUCGUGAUCUCGAGGCUGACUACAGAACGACGACGAUUAGGACAUCCAGUAUUCCACAAGACACAGAAAACGAUGUUGGCGACAGGGACUUUGACACAGAUUACGAAUUCAUUUUGAAACGACUCACCAAACUUGAGAAGCUAGUUUCCCGGAGUAAACGGCGAGACGCUGGGGCAACGGAGAUGAGUGCCAAAAUAAAUCUUGCUAUGGAAAACAUGGGGGAUGUAAAGAGGGCCGUUGAAAGCCUGCGGCUCAUGCAGCAAGAAAUAUACGAGCUGCGAAACAGGUUGACUAGUUUUGAACGAGAGUCAAGAAAGAUAGAACACAUCGCGAAUCGCGUAACAGACCUUGAGUCCAGGUUCAGGAUAAACUGUGGAGCUUUCGACGGAAAUGGUAGAAGAAUUUGUUGAAGAGAUAAAGAUCAACGCGUGGAAAUCGCACCACGACCUAUAUUUUUUACAACGCUUUCGUGGAUACAUUACGCUAUUAUAUCCAAUGCAUAUGACAUUGCAAAAGUUUUCAAAUAAUAUUUUCGCGACCUCCGAUCGUGAGAUUAUGCAAUUCCUCACGACUUUUUGCACUUAAGUCAAUCCCAGUUUCGACAUCUCACUUUCAUUCUAAAACCUAUUUAAAAGAAAAUCAGCGAAAGAAUUGGAAUUGUUUAAGCAAACGUGUUUUGUCGUCUAAUUUUGAUACGUGAACAUAUUAAGAAAAACAACCAGCGAGUGAAAGUUGGUAAAAUUAAGUAGAAGAAUAAAUAACCGGAAUGAAAUACGACCAAAUAUUAAGACUAUCGAUUUUUUACUCUUAAUGUUUGUGACACUUUUGGAUCGAUGAUUUGAUGAACUGUUAUUUCUUUCUAGGGGUUAUCAAUACCAUUAUGGUAAUAUUUGAAUUGUUUUCUUGCGUGUGUAUAUCGAGGCAGAAAAUGAAUCCACGCCGGAUUUAACGUAAACAGAUUAUUGAGGUGAGCCAGUAGCGACGUAAUCUUUAAGAGGUCAGUUAUAACCCCGUCAGUUUCGUU